AUGGAGGGGCGGAACCUGAGCGGGUUCUUGAUCGGAUGCCUGGGGACGGCACUGACGCUGGGCGCCUACUCACAGACGCUCGUCUCCUCCACGCAGUGCAUCGCCAUCGGCCUCCUCAUCCUCAUGUUCGGCCUCUUCGUCAAAGAAGGUUUCCUCUCCCUCUGAAACCGCUCAACUCCUUUCAGUCUCGUGAGGAAGACAUGAGCUGACUCCAAGUUAUACUCCUCUGCUGCUUCUUAUCACACGUAGCACUAUGUUUGACCUUUUGAUCUGUAAUAAUAACUUGAAGCAGAACGAUACCAAGUAGAAUGAAAGAAAGGGAGUCCCAUUUUCUUC